AUGGAUAUAGUAGCGGAGUUUGAUAUGGAGGUGAAUCUGGAUAUGGAGGUGGAUUUGGAUAUGGAGUCGGAUCUAGGAAGGGUAACAAGCCGUAGUUACGGUGGAGCUGGUGGAGCUUCAAUAGGUGGCGGAGCUGGAAUUGGUGGCGGAGGUGGAAGUCGAGGUAGAGCUCUAUACGAAAGCGGAGUUGGAUAUGAUGGCGGAGCUGGAUAUGGUGGCGGAGCAGAAUAUAUAGGUGGAUCUGGAUAUGGAGAGGGAUCUGGAUAUUAUUGCGGUGCUGCUGGAAUUGGUGGCGGAGCUGGAAUUGGUGGCGGAGCUGGAAUUGGUGGCGGAGGUGGAAGUCGAGGUAGAGAUCUAUACGAAAGCGGAGUUGGAUAUGAUGGCGGAGCUGGAUAUGGUGGCGGAGCAGAAUAUAUAGGUGGAUCUGGAUAUGGAGAAGGAUCUGGAUAUGGAGAGGGAUCUGGAUAUGGAGAGGGAUCUGGAUAUUAUGGCGGUGCUGGUUAUGGAAAGGUAUCUAGCCGUAGUUACGCUGGAGGAAUCGGUGUAGGAGCUAGAUUUGGAGGUGGAUCUGGAGAUAGUGGCGGAUCUGAACAUGGGGGCGAAGCAGGAUAUGGGGGUGGAGCAGGCUAUGGUGGCGAAGCUGGAUAUGGUGACAGAGCGGUAUAUGUAGUUAAAUCUGGAUAUGGUGGCGGAUCUCGUUAUGGAGGUGGAUCUGGAUAUGGUGGAGGAUCUGGUUAUGAAGAUGGAGCUGGAUAUGGAGGAGGAUAUGGAUAUGAAGGAGGAUCUAGUUAUGGAGGUGGAGCUGGAUAUGGUGACGGAACUGGUUAUGGAGCUGGAGCUAGAUAUGAAAGAGGAUCUGGAUACGGCAGUGCUUCAUAUAUUGUUUUGCCAGGUGGAGGUUCCGGUGGUGGUUCCGAUGGAAGUUCCGGUGGAGGUUCCGGUGGUGGUUCCGGUGGUGGUUCCGCUGGAGGUUCCAGUGGAGGUUCCGGUGGUGGUUACGGUGGAGGUUCUGGUGGAGGAUCUAGUUCACAUAGAACAGGAUAUUCAUACUAA